AUGAGUACCCAUGUGGUUACAGUGUGUUCACGGUGGGUGGAUCACGAGGUGACGUCGGCCUUACGGCAGCGCCGCGGCGUGCGUGUAGAGGUGAACGAAGAGCUGCAGCACUGCGACUUCGCAUGCGGUGCUUCGUCAGUGCUGUACUGCGACGUGCAGAGCGCCGGGGUGCAGCGCGAUCAAGCAGCGCUAGUGCUCCGCGUGCAAGGGGCGCGCCAGCGCUGUGGGACGCAGCCCGUGAUUCUCAUGGUACAAAUGAACAGUAUUGCCGAGGUUCCUCUGGAGACGCUCUCGUGGCUGAAUCUUGAGUGUGGCGUGGCACAGCAGUGCGGACUUAUCCUCGUGUGGUCGGUCAACGACGCGGUGCAGUACCUGGCGAGCCUUGCAGCGUCCGCAGUGACGUCCUUAGAGUUUAGCGGGGCUGCGCGUGCGCGUGUUGGGGAUGCGCCACUGCCAAUGCUCAUUGAGGCCCUCACACAGACGCCGCAGGUGGUCACACGAAGCGACGUGGUACGCAUUGCCAAUCGGAAGACAUGCAUGGCAGAUGUGCUGAUGAGUGAGGCGUCAGAGUGGGCGGGCAUUGCAGGGCUGGGACACAAGAAAGCGACUCGGCUGCAGCACCUCUUUCGCACACCAUUCCUUUCUUCGCAUCAGCGGAUCGACUCCUUUGUAGAAGCUGCCGGCGACAGCAGUUUUGCCACCACGUCUAAAGCGACAGAAUCGAAUUUCACACAGUCGACAGGGGAGCCCAAUGGGUGGGCGACAGCCACCCUCCCCGUCGACACGGCGGUCACCACCGACGGAAAACGUCGCAUGAUGAAAGCGCUGCAACGGCGGCGUGACGAGGAAGACGAGAAAGGUGACCAAUGA